CGCAGAGCAACUGGACUGGACCUCCUGUUGACUUACAACCUCAGGAUUUUCUUCCAUCUGAAAUAUUACAACAAUAUAAUGAGAACAGUGCAUUGUCGACUGCUAUCUUAGGCAUGCUGGUUCUAGAUGGCGAAUCAGUAUACAGCUUGGCCUCCCAGCCUAUCUUGCUGAUGCUGGCUAGAGUCAUCCUUGUGAAUUCCAGAAAUAAACUAGAAGCUAUUCAGACAUUGCCCUGGUGGACACUACGAUGUAUUAAUCUCCACCAGCAGCUGUUAGAAGAAAGAUCACCUGAACUCUUUGCUGUUGCCCAGGCCUGUAUACAACAAGUUUUUGAAAUUGAGACUUUGUUCAACGAUGAUGAAUGUUGGCAUCUUGCUGUUCAAUUUCAUCUAGAAUGUGCUUACACAUUUUUGAAUUAUUAUGAGUAUAAAAAAGCCAAAGAACAUUUCCUUGCAGCUAAAGACAUAACUAAGUUACAGAUUGAGUUGACAGGUGCUCUGGGAAAAAGAACAAGAUUUCAGGAAAAAUAUGUAGCACAGCUGAUAUUAGAUGUUCAGAGGAAAGAUAACAUCUUCCUUCCUUACCGAGAACUUAGUCCGGCACCUACUCCACUAGAAGAUUUAACUAAGAAUUAUGCUUUAGAUGAUGACACUGUACUAAAUGAAAUAAAGUUUGAAGAAUCUCAUCAGAACCAGAUGCCUGACCUGUGUGCAGAAGAACUUGCUGUAAUCCUUGGAAUUUGUAUAGACUUUCAAAAAAACAACCCUGUCCAUAAGCUCACAGAAGAGGAGCUGCUUGCUUUUACAUCAUAUCUGCUCUCACAACCAAAGUUCUGGGCAAUCCAAACUUCUGCUCUGCUUCUACGGACAAAACUUGAGAAAGGAAGUAUUCGUCGAAUGGAACGGGCAAUGAAGCAGACUCAGGCGCUUGCAGAUCAAUUUGAAGAGAAGACAACAUCCAUUUGUGAACGUAUGAAGAUUUUUUACAGUUGCCAAGUUCCUCCACACUGGGCCGUUCAGCGUCAGCUUGCAAGCUUACUCUUUGACCUUGGAUGUACUACUUCAGCUCUGCAGCUCUUCAAGAAGCUUGAAAUGUGGGAAGAUGCUGUUAUCUGUUAUGAAAGAGCAGGCCAGCAUGGGAAGGCAGAAGAAAUUUUGAGGCAGGAGCUAGAGAAGAAAGAAACAGUAGGACUAUAUUGCCUGCUUGGAGAUGUUCUUAAAGACCAUUCGUAUUAUGACAAAGCUUGGGAAUUGUCCAAUCACCGCAGUGCCAGGGCUCAGCGUUCAAAGGGCCUCCUUCACCUUCGCAACCGGAAUUUUAGAGAAUGCAUAGAAUGCUUUGAGCAUUCCGUAGAGAUUAACCCAAUGCAGUUGGGAGUGUGGUUUUCCUUAGGCUGUGCCUACUUAGCACUGGAAGAUUAUGAAGGUGCUUCCCGAGCAUUUCAACGCUGUGUGAUGUUGGAACCUGAUAAUGCGGAGGCUUGGAACAAUCUAUCUACCGCAUAUAUCAGAUUAAAACAGAAAAUCAAAGCAUUUCGGACUCUCCAGGAAGCUCUCAAGUGUAAUUAUGAGCAUUGGCAAAUUUGGGAAAAUUACAUUCUAACCAGUACAGAUAUUGGAGAAUUUUCAGAAGCCAUUAAAGCUUAUCACAGGCUUAUGGACUUGCAAGAAAAGUAUAAAGAUGUCCAGGUGCUUAAGAUUCUGGUAAAAGUAGUGAUGGAUGGAGUAGGUGACUGUAAUGGAGAGACAGCAAAAGGAUUAAAGGGAAAACUGCAGGAGCUCUUUGGCAGAGUGACUUCUCGAGUGACAAGUGAUGGAGAAAUCUGGAGAUUAUAUGCCAGGCUUUACGAAAAUGGGCAGAAUGAGAACUAUGAAGACAUAGAAAAGGCAUUGCAGUAUCUCACCAAAGCAUACAAAUGUGAAAUCCAAUCAGGAGACUGGGAUAAAGAUACUUUCUCUUUUAAGAAAGUAGCCAGAGAUGCUCUAGAGCUUGCACAUGUGGCAAUGAAAUACAGCAAAAUGAAAACUAAUUACCAAGAAGCCUUGCCAAUACUCUCUUCUGCUCGACUCAACUUGCGUGGUUUGGUAGCCAAAGCAAAGCAAAAUUUUGCAGAUGCUGUGAAUGGUGAAGUUUCCAGUGACCUUGCUGAAGAAGUGGCAGCAAUGGAGAAUUUGAUGAUGGAAUUGCAAGAACUUAGCAACCAGCUAAGGAAUCAGACUUGAGAAAAAGAAGAUCCGAUUUCUUGGAAAGACAGAAGGGCAUGGCUGGCAUACUUCUCUGGUUAUAGCUUGUGCUAACAAGCAUUCAGUAAAUCAGAUACCUAAAGGCACCUUUUAAAUAAAUACUUCUCCAUACCUUACAGCUAUUAAUGGUUGCCAACACGGUUUUCUGGUCAUAUUUGUUCAUUCUCAGUUAUAUGUAAUUUGCAUUGGCUUGGAUUUCAUGGAAUAAAUUAUGACUGGUUUUUAUUUAGAAGCCCUUUUUUUCUUUAAGAUUAGUUCUUCCCCACUGCAAAAGUAGUUGGGUACUGCUCAUAGUUAUGCACUUUAUGACUAUGAACAAUUGGAGAGUUCUGUUCAUGGUAGAAGUGGAAAGAAAAGGGCUAUUUGAUUUGAUUGUGUCAGCAGGAACAUGGAAAUAUGGCAGGGGGGAAUAAAAAAUGGAAAUGACAGCCUUCUGGAAUAUUUAAAGCAGGAGGACCAGUUGUGUUUUUCUUAGCUUGUGUUUUCCAAAUGCAAGUGUUAACACACAAAGAAUAGGCAUCUUGUUCCUAGAACAAAGCAACACCUAGAGAGUAGCUUUCUCUGCUGCAGACCAUGAACCUUCAUAAGAUCUUGCUGAGAAAUUUUGCACUAACCAUUUUCAAAGCAGAGGUUUAAGAGUACAGGACCACCUAUGGCCUCACUUCCAUAGGAGUUGUGUAUGUGUGUGUGUGUUAAUAAGCAUGGGUCCAGCAACACCAACAUCAGCAGCUUUGCCUGGGCUGGGGUUAGAUGCUAGCUUUGUAUCUUCAGUCAUCUAAAAAUGGAAGAUAAUAUCUCCUUUGUUAGACUGGUCCAUCACACUAAGUCCUGAUACAGUUUGCCAGGGGUUAGCGUAUGUGUUUGAUAUGUACUAAACCAAUUGUGACUUACUUAACAAAAGAUGGGUAAAUUUUGAUUUAGUGCAAGAACGUGCGACUUCCAUCAAAAGUGGAUUGGGUCAGGGCUGGUGGGGAAUUUUAAGGGCAGUCUUGCCAAAAAAACAUCUGAUCUGGAAAUCUAUGGGAGCCGUAAAAGGGGUAGAGUCAGGCUGCAUGCAUCCCGUAGCUGUAGUUUCUGUAGCUCUGGCUUUGUGUGAAAACUCUUCCUUGCUUGCGUGAUGCAAUGAUUCUACUUAUUUAUCUCUGACAAUUGAUCUUCUAAGAUAUAUUGCUGCUGAAUGUGAAAAUGUUAUGCUAUUGUAAUUAACAGCUAUUAAUGUAUCCUCUUUGUUUAAUCCUUUUUGAAUGUUACAGAAAUAUUGGCUAUAAUUAUAUUUGUGGGAUCAACUUUGUAACUUGGUUUUGCAUUAUAUAAAUAAGUAAUUCUUAUAUUUGUCCUAGAUUUACUAUUUGUUCAGAGAAUUUUGUAUUCAUAUGCUGUCCAGUUAUUGUAGCUCAGUUGCUUUUUUCUUUCAUAGAUCAAAGCCCACAAUUUAUAUUGAUUACUGAAUUGUUCAUUCUGUAUCUUCUGGCUGGUCAGAGAGUGGGACUCAGCACACAAUGGAAACUUGUCUUACUUUUAGUCUUGUUCCCAAUGAAUUUUGACAUGGGAUUUGUCUUUUCUGCAUGGGCAGCACACUGAGUGGGUUUUGUUUUUGUUUACAAUGCUUUUACUGUGAUCCAAAAUCUUUACUAGCAAUUGUGGUAUCCAAAAUUGGCUACACAGUCCUAGGGCAUCUGUAAGUAUGCUGCUAGAAUGGGAUUACUAAGUGUGAUGAGCGCAUUUUGAUGCUACAUCACACAUUAUACAGUAGUAAGUUGGGGUGUACAGUACAAGGAUAUGUUGUACCUACUCUGUACUUUGUGUUGGACCAUUAUAUUUGCUCAGCACUGGCAGAAGCUCUUCAAGGCCUAAAAAGAAAUCUUAUCUGAAAUCCUUUUUACUAGAGAAGCCAGGAUUAAACAUGGAUUGAACCUGAUGAGGCAGGUAUGCAUGUUGCAUGUUGCACUACUGAGCAGUGGUCCUUUCCCUCAUUAGUGUCACAUUGACAUUUCUCAUUUUUAGGUGCACAUGCACACACUAUGUACUUAAAGAAAGAUGAGUGAUUAAGCCUGAAAUAAUCUUAUUUGCAAUUAGCAAGCUUUUUUUUCUCCUUUUCUAUUUGUCCUCAGCUUCUGGAUGUGCUACAGUAUUUUCCUGACUCAGGAAAGCCACAUAAGACAUCCUGCUAUUUUAUUUCGAAAAUGGAAGUGAAUAAUUCCAUCACAGAAAUAGAACAUCUAGCAACUGUACAGGAACAGUCUGUUGUAGUUCUACAGUUCUUUGAUAAUCUUGUGUUAAACAGGAGAAAUCAAAUCAGUGGAAUUGUUAGUAAGAUUAGUCAAAUUAUUUGGUUGUCUCAAAAACUGGUUUUAAAUGCCUGUAAUAACAGAAACAUGCUUUGUAAAACUGCUGUAAUGAUGGGUUGGUCAUGAAGGAAAGUAGAGAAAAUAUUUGAUAAUUUAAUCUAAAAGGUGCUCUUCCAGUACAUCCACUUUCCAGGUGUUUAGGACUAAGAUGACACACCUCAUUUUUAUGAAUGCUUAAUACAAAACUAAAUUGGUUAGGAAUCAAUAUAUAGAUGCAAAUAUCUAUCCCUCUAACUUGUUUUUAAUCACUUUGUGUGCCUGGUUCUUAAAGUACAUGAGCAUAUCCUGGCAUGAUAUCCAUAGGACUCUUGAGAUGCACUGUGGAUUUUGACUUGACAUUUGUGAACCUGUGCAGCAGCAUUCAUACUGUGUUAACUUUUUGUGAAUAAUUAGAUCAUGAAAUAUGCAUUGUACGUGCAAUUAAUUUCCAAAAUGACUUCAAGAUAUUCUUAGGAUAAAAAGUCUGAAAUAUUUAAUGAAAAUUAGUAGAAAUUUGUAGAAAAUUAGUAGGAAAUACACUUUAUGCUCUUCCCCUUAAUUGAAGAAUUGAGGCUAGUAUUACAAAAUUUCAACAGCUGAAAUUGAAUAUAUUCCUUUGCAAUAUAGGAAGCCUUCUCCAUGAAUAUUUAAAAUAAUAUAUAAAUAGUUCAAUCAACAAGAGAUUCAGGCAUGAUUCAAAUGUUGUAGUACUACUCAUUACAGAAACAUUUUUGCUGAUCGUUCCUGAUGAUACUAAUAAAAGGCUAGAGAUACUGUAAUGCUAGUUUUUAUUCAGUACCUAUUCUUUGGGGCUAAUAAUAAUUGUUCAAUUUGGAUUUUGAGCAAAUGUUCCUAUAAGUUGAUUUAGUUUGUUGAACAGGAUGCAGAAUGGGCAUCUUUUUAGUUGUUAAUUCUUAGAAAGGUAUAUUAGAUUUUAGUGGGUUUCAUAAAGCUUUGGAACCUUUUGCUUAAAUAAAUAGUAGUCUAAGUAUUAGUAUAUUGACCAGAAAAAAAAGUACAACAAAAUGUGAUCAAGGCAAAGCAUCUGAAACAUUCUUUAUAGCCAACAGUAGUAGUAAAAUUUCUUGCCUGAUUCGAUUCCUGUUUUGUCUGAACCACAUUUUCUUUUAACGUGACUGACUCUUUUGGCUUCCAGAUAACAGAGAACAGGAAAUGACAGUCACAAAGGUGUCAUAAAGGUGGUAGACUGGUCCCCAGCUAACUGGAGCUACCUUAGUUUUGUUAUCUGGUGCUGGAUCCCUUGAUAAAUCAUUCACCUUUAGAUAGUGUUAGGCUAGGCACAUUGUGCAAACAUUCCUGAUAUUGUUUGCAAAAAUGAUGAUGUUUCAUAAUCAUUGGUGAACUCAUUUUUUUUUAGUAAAGUUCCAACAAUAGAAGUAUGUGUUAUGUAAGUCUACAAAGGAAGUAGGACCAUUUCCUCUUUAUUGUGAUAUAAUGGUUUUAAAUCUUUCUCACCUCUGCCAGGAAUAGGCAUUGAGCAUGAUAGUUGGUAGGUCAUUGAUGCACAAAAGUUUUAAAGGGGGAGUGGAAAAAUGUGCAAGAAUAUGGCUAUUUUUGUAAUUUUACAUUUAAAAACACAUCCAUGAAUAAAAGCAGUUGUUCAAAAUAGUAUUGGUGAAGAAAUUGACCCACAAAAUGGAUUUAAUUAAAUGUAUAUAGCAUACUUGCAUGAUGUAAUUUCACUCUAUUAACAAGCCAUUAAAAGCCCAAAAUAAUUUAUUGAAAAAUUGCCAUUAAUUACUCAUGUUUGAAAUCUGCAGAACAUGGUGAUUUUUUCUUCUGGAAAUGGAAUCUAACU